AUGUUCAAAUCAACUGGGUCACUUCUCUUUCUUGUUCUUUUUCAUCUGCUCCUCUCUUUCAACUCGGGAGGGCAUUUGAAGUUUGCUAAUGGAUUGAUAGCUAAGGAUAAGUGGUGUGUAGCAAAUCCUUUAUCAAAUGAUACUGUACUGAAAAAUAACAUUGAAUAUGCUUGCAAUAUAUUGAGUGAUUGCAAGCUGAUCCAACCGGGUGGCUCCUGCUAUGAGCCCAACAAAUUGAUGCACCAUGCCUCUGCUGUCAUGAAUCAGUACUAUGCAAUGGAAGGAAGGAAUACUUGGAACUGCAACUUCUUCGGCUCUGGCCUCUUGGUUUCUAAGGACCCAAGUUAUGGCAGCUGCGAGUAUGCAUAG